AUGAGUGAGGAUAUUAAUAAUAGCUGUCUAGAUGAUACUAACAAAGCAAACAAAUCGGGGUUUUUUGUGAGAAAGUAUAGAUUUUUGGAUAAUAGUUCAACUAAUUCACCUCCUCAUCAACAACGAUUGUCAACCUCUUUCAAUGACUCUCUUUUAUCUACCAAUGAAAAGAGCUUGGUGGCCCUUUCAAUCGAGAGUAGUAUUUCGGAAUGCAUUCCAAAGAGUGAAGAAAACUCAUCCGAGAGUGAAUCAUCAUCAACAAUGGAACCUCAAUCCACUACAUCACCUCAACAACAACCAACACCACCUAGAAAGACAGAGAUACCGAAAUUAAAAGGUUUUCCAGCAUCGGUUUUUAAACCUAGCCCAGCAAAUCAUCAACCUCAUCAUCAUUUUAAUUCUGCACGGGUUCAAUCAGCCUCAAGUCGAUCGAGUUAUGCCUCAAAAGCCAAUUCAAAUCCCUCAACAUAUUUUAGCUCACUGGGGACAGCGAGAAAUAAUACAGAAUCAAAAGCCUCUACAACUACUGCACCCUACCCUAACAAUACAUCCAAACAAAGUGAUCGAUCCCUCGAGAGUUCACUAUCUUCCACCACCUUUCAGUUUCAUUCUGGGAAAAAUCAGAGCCCUCCUAAAAAACCUCAAUCUGCCACCACCUCGGGAAGAAAGAGUUUUAAUACUGUUCAAGUUUCUUGGAAGGAUGCAAGACAAACAUUGAGAAAUAGUUUCAGUGCCUCCUACAACACCCCUAGGUCAACAAAGAAGUAUAAUAGCUUCAUAUCGGAGGAACCACAAGAUUGUACUUAUGAUUCGUUCAUGAGUACGCCAAAACAAGCCACAACCAUUUGUGGAUCGGAUUGUGAUUCCUCAACAAAUAGUAUAGUAACAGCGAGCCCAAUACCAAACAUUCCUUCAUAUGAUGAUGUUGUAAAUCAUAUAGAGCUUGAGAAUGACCUGCAGAGUGUUGAAUCCUAUCAGACGGGGACAACACUCAAAGAGGGAGUUUACUGGGAUCAGUCAGAUUUAUUGCUGAGGACUGGAAUAAUGGUGAGAGAACCACAGAUGUCACCAAACUCUGAAUACUUGUUAAAUAGUACAUACAUGAAACUCAAAAUGACUUCACCAAGAGUUUACGAAGCUUUGGUGAAACAGAUUGAAAUCGAAGGACCUACAGAGAGGCUACCAAACAGUCCCAUUGUGAAAGAAGUGGAGAAAUUCUUUUAUCAAAAAGAACAACCAAAAAAACAACUCGUUUAUCCUCUUCUUCCACCUGUACAAGCAACUAUUCCUGCUACCCCAUCUUUUGAGAAACCUGGAGGUAAGGAAAGGAGAGAAUCUAAAAUGAGGCUCAGAGUGGAGAAGGAACUACUCAGAUCCCAGCAAAUGAAUGAAUUUAGAAACAAACAACGAAUGCUAUACAAGGAAGACUUGGAAAUUUCUCGAGAACAAGAAAUUGCCCAAAACGAAAUGUUUAAAAAACAAAAACUAAGGGAUUUGAAGAAAAAGAUGUCUGGAUCACCCUUUCUCAUUGAUAUGGAAGCUCAUGCAAAAAAGACAGAGAAGGAAAUAAAGAGAGCAGCUAAAAUCAAGGAGAAACUAAGAGUGAUGGAAAAUAAGAAGAAGGAAGAUUUACGAAAGUGUGAACUCAUUGAACGAAUAAUAGAGAAGACCAAGGAGGACAUUCACACCACUAGGAGAAAUCUUAUUGAGCACGAGAGGGAAAUGAAAGUUAUUAUGAGUAGUACGAGAUUAAACAAAUGAUUAGCUUGCAUUCAAUUAAAAAAAAUGGAAAUUCGUUCCUUAUAUUGCUCUCUCUUAAUGGACAAGAGAAGUACUGGUCAUUUCAAGAAACCAAACUCUUCUGAUCUAAUUCGAAAAUGUUUAAAAAUUGGAAAGGAAUGUGGUUUGAACAUUGAGAUAUUGCCAUCCAAUGAAAGAGUACACAAUCAUUUGAGUGGAAUGAUAUCCAACCGUUUCUCCCUAAAAUCCAUUCUAACAAUUAGAGUUUUAAAUGGAAAUUCCUAUUCACACUUUUAUAAGGCACUGCUGAAACAAUUCAAAGGGUUGAAGGUUAUGGUUGUGUUUGAUGUGAAGAAUUUGAAACUCUUGCAGGAGUUUGUCUCUUGCAAUAAUAGCAGUGUAAAAUAUUGUGGAUUUGCUUCUAUCACAAAUAAUUCAAAUCGAAUAGAUGAAUAAAUAAGAUUAAUAGAUCUCUAUUAUUUU